ACAAAAAGGAAUGAAAAAGAAAAAAAGGAAUCCUACACAAGAAGAUCGAGUGUAUAGAAAAAGAAAAAGUUUGAAAUACAACCCGCGCAGCGAGAGAAAGAAGGAAAGCGAGGAGACGAAAGAAAGCGCGAUAAAAAAAAAAAGAGCCAAGUCACACACACACACACACACACGCUUAUAAAAUAAUAACUCCGCUAUGUUGUAUCUUCUCUCAUCUUUCUUUUUUUUUUCCUCUUAUGAAUUCCUAUGAAUGUGGAUGUGAUACAAUACAUGAUAAACAGAGCCACAUACUUGAAUACCAUAUAAAAGAUAUACUCAAAGAACCAGACUUGCACGAAAAUCAACCAUGGAAACAACAAGAGAUACUCGAGACCUUAUGUUGGAUUACUCGGGAAACAAGUUCCACUGUACUACAAGACAGCAUACAUUUACUGUUGCCUCCUCUCUUGAUUGUAUUGGAUGAUUAUGAUCCAGACUAUAAGAAACAAGGUGUAGUUAUGGUGCAUGACAUGAUACUCAAAUUAGACGCUUCAUUUGUGUCAAGUUAUGGCCUAGACAAUCUAUUUCUUGAGUCUUUAUUCAAAUGCUUGACUUAUCUAUCUCAAGAAAGAGAUGUUGAGUUAUUACAAGCCACUUAUCCUUGUAUCCUUGACCUGAUAGCCAAAGUCAAAAAGAACCGUAUUCAACUCUAUGAACGCGUCUUGACAGAAGGUGUCUUGACAGGCUUUUCUUAUGCUGGACAAAAAAUCAAGUUUUUGCCUAUUCUGAUAGUACCUAUUGGUACAUUAUACCAAGCAUUGGGCAUCUUGGGUGUUCAAUAUCUCAAGGCCCUUGUGCCUGUCUUGACAGAUGCUUUAUGUAUGGUAUCAUCUCAUCCAAAAUUAAAACAGAUCCAUGUACUGGCUGCACACGCUUUAAGGGUUGUCAUAAAGACAUGUUGGCCACGUAUUCCAUAUUACAAAGGUAGGAUCAUGGCAAGUAUUGCUAAAUCAUGGACAUUUUACUAUGAACAAAAAGAUCAAGCCAUGUGUGAUGACAUCAAACAAGUCUAUCAAGUAUUUGAAGCUGCUUGUCAAGGACAACACAAAUUGGAUCAAGAAGCACUCUUGUCUUUCAAUCCAACCCUUUUUCAACCUCUCUUUUUUUAAUAAAAUUUAGCAUGUUGAUCAGGAAUCACUAAACAACGAAUGCCGAGAUAAUUACAAAUGCUGUCAAUCACAAGAACAGCCCAACGUAAAUACAAGACCAAAGAUACAAAGAAAUAAACAAUAAUAUACACAUAUUCUGUUUCGGGUGUAAACAGAGGGAUCCUAAUAGAACAUGAAUACAGUCAUCAUGCUAUGCUAUACUUACAUGGUGGUGACAUAAGGCACAUUGGCCACAAUAGCACCUAUCACAAGUGGGAUCAAUAGUCCAGUGGGAGGA